CGUUCUAUAAGAAUCUUUCGCUUGAUUAGAUGUGGAGAGAGAAAGGAAGAGUGAUGGAGGACGAAGAUGUUGUUCCUCUUCCGGGAUUCCGGUUCCGUCCCACGGACGAAGAGAUCGUCGGGUUCUACCUCCGGCGGAAGGUGGACGAGAAGCCGCUCAGUGUAGAGGUCAUCAAGGAGAUGGACAUCUACAAAUAUGAUCCAUGGGAUUUACCAAGUAAGUCAAAUCCAUGUUUUCCUCACCGAGAUUGUGUUGGGUCUCAUAAACUUCGUGUUGUUGUUGGAUUAACAGAAGUUAGAAGUACUGGUUGUGAAGAGUACUUCUUUUGCCGUAGGGGGAGGAAGUACAAGAACAGCAUAAGACCAAAUCGGGUGACGGGGUCUGGUUUCUGGAAGGCCACCGGCGUCGACAGGCCGAUAUAUGCCGCAGGCAACUCCGGCGACUGCAUCGGCCUGAAGAAAUCCCUGGUGUUCUACUCCAGAGGGAGGACUGCUGCUGCCAAAGGGACCAAAACGGAGUGGAUGAUGCACGAGUUCCGCCUUCCCUGCGACUCCCCAUGCACGCAGGAAGCUGAGGUUUGGACGAUUUGUCGAGUCUUCAAGAGGAGUGUCUCUCACAGAGCGAACCCCAACAGUUGGAAAGCAUCAGAUCAUAAGGAGCAAACUCCACCUGAAUCAAGCUCUGAAUCCUUUAAUGGAAACUACUUCCAUGGAGGCCAGUGGAACUCAACCAACCAAGCUUCCGUGCCCUUGUGUUCUGACACAGUUCAGAGUCCAAGCAUGAAUGAAUUCUUCAGCGGAGAUGAUAACUGGGACGAACUAGGAAGGAUUAUGAACUCCAUGAUAUCCAACAUAUGAGUGCCAAGAGAAGAAUAUUGGGGAAUACAAACAGUCCUGCUGCAUCAAAUCAGUUCCUGCAAAGGAAAUUUAGGUGCUGCAAGAGCUUGUCAACGCAGUUCAGUACCCACAGACAACAGCUCGAUGCUGACAGUGCCUGCAAUAUAUAUGUUACUGAAUUGUAAUGAAACACUGAUAGUUGGGGACAAGCGAGCAAAGAGAGUUUAGUAGUUGUAUGACUGAUUUAAUAUAUUCUGAUGUAGGUGUGGCAAU